UGCAGUAGCUGGAUAAAGGAGAUUAAUUCGGAUUUAUUCAAAGUUAGGCUUGAUUUUCUGUAAUGCUUAUUUAGCAGGGCAAAGUUUAUUAAAAAAAUACUUUCAUUUUGUAAUUUGUUUUUAAUUCCUGUUUCCUUUUUUUCUGUUUAAUGUUUUGUGUGUGACUUGUCAUUGAAGUUAAUACUAAUACAGUUGGCAUAACCAUUUUAUCAAACUGUCCUAUAGUGAAAAAAAGAGUUAAGUUUAUAUUAGGAAAGGUGAUUAUUUGUUUAUGACUUUCAAGCUUUUAUUUCGCUUUGAAUGAAAAUUACGGGUUUAGUGAGUGAUGAUAAGGGAACGGGCUGUAAUUUGAUGUUGCAGAAUUAAUAGUAGGUCUAUCUGUGACUUGAUAGGUGGACAGUCAGUCCUUAGGCAGAUUUUAAAUUAGUCUCGUCCAUUGACAAUAGAGAACUCUCAUUGGGAUCUUGACCGCUUAAAAAGUGGGGGCCAUGUAUUGGUCCUGAUGUAAAGAAAGCAUUGGAUCUUCUAAACUGGCCGACCAAAAAAGUUGUUACACCUUUUGUUAAUAUUUAUACAAAUGAAAAUCCUUGAGGCAGUCUGAUCUUUUGCAAUGAAAACAGCGACAGGGUAUAAUAGAUACUGGCUUCAGAUAGUUGGAUUUAAUUAGCAAUCGAACAAAAAAAAUCUGGAGCGCUAGUGUGACAAGUGAAACGUACCCUGAUGAACAGUAAUUGGGCGAGCUCCCAGAUAUGUCAACUUUGGCUGAUGGGCAGUAAUUAGUAUUGUCGGAGAGGUGUUAUAGUCAGGAUAUCCAGUGACUGAUGGACUGGACUGCAAUCAUUGGUCAUUGACUGGACACUCAGAGGUGUUUUAAGCGGUCAUAGAUCUUACUAUUAUCCACUCUGGGGUGCUAAUGAUCUGCAACUGUGACUGGAAUCUCAAUAAAGAAAAAAUAUGAAAAAGGUCAUGUAAAUGGGCGUUUAUCGUUUAUAGUCAGUUGGAAUACAAAAAUCAACCAUAUUGUUUAGACCAAGACAAAAACAAGCCUGAAAGCGAGGGAUAUCGUCACCACUAAGUAGAGCUGCUUUUUGGUUAAUGCAAUGAGAAUUAAAUGAGUUAAUGUAAAGUGAUAGUUGUCAUAAAAUGGAUGUUGAUCAGUGAUCUUUGGUGGAUUUAAAAAAAAAAUAACUUUGAUUGACUCAUAAUCAAAAAAUGGAUUACCACAUGUAUUUGUUUCUUAUUGGUAUAUUAGUAUUGGCUUGCAAAGGACAACCUGAUGAUCUAACGGUGAACUUUGAAGUUUUAGAGGAACGUGAACCUGUUGUGUACCUUGGAAACCUUGUUACAGAAGUGAAAAACCACUACAACACUAGCUUAGCAGGAUAUACUUUCCAAACUAACUCGGGUCCUGAUUACUUCAGUCUUAAAUCUAACGGCAAUUUUACUGUUGUUAGGAGAAUUGAUAGAGAAAAUCUGCACUGUGAACCAAAGGAUUGUAAACUAAUGGUCAAUGCUAUUUCGAUUUCACCUGAUAAUUCUGAUUUCAAACAAAUCAAGAUUUUUGUUAUCAUUUUGGAUUUGAAUGACAACUAUCCAGUGUUUUCGCCAAGUAGCCACUCUCUGUCUAUUCCGGAAGGAACAGCAUAUGGAAACCAGUACGAGCUCCCUUCUGUGGUGGAUAAAGAUUCGGGAAAUAACUCUAUUAGCCAAAUCGUGAUCGAUCCUCCAAGUGAAAACUUUCGUGUAGAAAAUCACAAGAAUUUAGAUGGAUCUUAUGCAAUAAAUCUUGUUAUAAACCAAAGCCCUGAUCGCGAAACUAUGGAUUCCUAUUUGUUGAUUGUCAAAGCCAUUGACGGCGGGAAUCCACCGAAAACUGGCACAAUGCAGGUCCGUGUCAACAUCACAGACAUCAAUGAUAACAGACCUGUUUUUGAGCCAAAUGCCUACAAUGUUACAAUCGAUGAAACGAUCUCUGUCAACUCUGAUAUUGUACGAGUGAUUGCGUCAGAUAGAGACAUUGGAGAAAAUGGGCGAAUUGCAUACAGAAUUGUACAAACUGAUCCAGCAACCAUUGCUGACAUAAUCGCCAUCCGGGAAGCAUCUGGUGUGAUCUUUCUGAACAAACCUUUAAUCUCCCAACCUGGUCCCUUCAGUCUGUACGUUGAGGCAGAAGAUCAAGGUGACCCACCGAAGAAAAGUUUGCAGUCGCGAGUGGUCAUUAAUGUUCGAGAUGUUAAUAACAAUGCUCCAGAGAUAAAGUCCAUCAGCCCGGUCCCCGUGAGUGAAGAUGCCAGACCAGGAGCUCUUGUGGCCUUGAUCUAUGUUCAGGAUGCUGACACAGGCGUUAAUGGAGAAGUUGUCUGCACAUGUGAAAAUCCCAAUUUUACCAUCAGGGAAGGCUUAAGGGACAUGCUGACUAACUUAUUUUCGUUUAGUGUACACGUGAAUGCGGCGUUUGACAGGGAGCUCAGGGACCGGUACGAAGUUUUGAUCAAUUGCUCUGACAGAGGGGAAAUACCAUUGUUCACACAUGCAAGUCUGAACGUUACAAUAUUAGAUGUGAACGAUAAUGCCCCAAGAUUUUCAGUGAAAAACAUCUCAGUUGAUGUCUUGGAAAACGUCAAUGUAGGGGCAGUUUUGGUUAAAGUUUCUGCAUCAGAUCGGGAUAUUGGCCGGAAUAGUUUUAUAUCAUACAGCAUUCAGGGCUUUUCAGACAUGUUCUACACUGAGCCUGUUGAGGGUGGGUGUGUAAUAAGGUCUCUACAACCUUUUGACAGAGAAAUUAAGAACCUUUACGAAUUUACAAUAAUUGCUUAUGACAAUGGGACGAUCCGGCUGAACGAUACAGCAACAGUCACAGUUUACAUUCGAGAUGUGAACGAUAAUGCUCCAAAAUUCUCUGGCGACAGUUACGCUAUGGCUGUCCUGGAAAAUUUCAAUAUUAGCACAAGCAUUGGUCAGGUGACGGCCUUAGACCGUGAUUUGGCAGAGAACGGUAAAGUGUCGUAUGUUAUCCCAUCUGAAUACCCAUCAGAAGAGUAUCCAUUUGCAGUACUUGACGACGGAACAGUCAUCACAAAAGCAAUUCUUGACCGGGAAACGAAGAACUUGUAUAAGUUUGAAAUUCUGGCUUCAGACCACGGCAAUCCUCCCAUUUCGACUAGAGUGCCAGUCAUGGUUACAGUGAGAGACGUCAAUGAUAAUGCACCUUUGAUUGAAAUUCCUGACCUCGUUAACAACUCCAUUUCCAUAUCUGAAAACACUCAGAUCAACACCAUUAUAUACACAGUAAUUGCAACGGAUGCAGACGAGAAUCAGGGCGGUGAGCUCAUAUACAGUUAUGUGUCUGGAAACUCUGAAAACUUGUUUUACAUUAAUGCGAAUAAUGGAGAGAUUUCAUUGACUAGAAAGAUCGCUUUAGGUGACCCAAAAGAGUUCAGUUUGAUGAUUUCUGUGAAAGAUCGAGGGGUGCCUCCUAUGGCGACGACAAGAAUGCUUCAUGUUUCAUUUCAUGCUCCAGAAGCUUCUGCAACAGGUGUUUCUACAGGAUCAACUGGUACAAACAUUAUAAUUGUCAGCGUCAUCGCAGGUGUGACUUUGGUCCUUUCUGUGAUAAUUAUCACCAUCAUAUGCAUUGUCAAAAGAAAAGAUACCCAGAAGCGACUCUACAACGCCAAAGCAUAUGACGAACAAAAAAUUAUACCAGACGUUAGUCGGAGCAGUAAUCGUUCAAAUUCCUCCCGUGGCUCUCGUGACAAAAUGCUCAACCCAUCGGACAUUUUGUACAUGGAAAACCCAAAUGGAAAGAAGUCCGUGAGUUUUUCGGUGGAGGGCGACCAGGACACUGGAAUCUCCUUGGAUACAAGUGGUCACAUUGAUCAGACGUCAACAUUCAAAGGACAGUCAAACUAUGGCAAGAUAGAGAUAGUUCCCCACUACGAGAAUUACAAGGUGUCACCGUCAGCACCGCCAGGCCCAGACCACAUUGAGGACACAAGACAGCGGGAAAUACAUCGCAUGACUUCGCUACGAGUUCACCAAGCUCUUGUGCAGUCCAACAACAACAACAACAACAGCAAGCAGUGGCCACAAAGUCCUACAGAAGAGGCACAGGGGAGGGGUUAUAUUGGAUUGCGGAAGCACCACCUGGACGAUACGCACAGCGAGUCAUCGGGGGAAACCACUACUAGUGACUCGGGGCGGGGCGGGAGUGAGGAAGACAUCCGCAAUAUCACACAUGAGCAAGAUGAAUUGCGAAGUCCAAACACCUCAACCUCCCACCCAUUCUACACGUCAGACUCUCAGCAACCCUCAUUCUCCUCGUUUCAUGGCAACAAUGUACACAAAACUGGACCCGUCCUGUCAGCAUUCCUGAAAAAGAAACAGCACAGGAGAAAUAGUGGCAUUGAGGAUAAAAACAAUCAUUCUGCAUAUGUAAUGAAUGAUUUAUCGCGGCCACAUCAUGCUCAAAGUAACGCAUACUCAUAUGGCCCCCAGGAAGUCAAUGAGUCACCAAAAGUUCAUAACAAUUUCAAUUUUGAAACCACACACUUUGAUUCUUUUGGUCAGCUGAAAAGUACUCUUGAUGGCAAUCCACUGUUACACUCUUCAAAACAGUCAAACUUGGACCUCGGAAAUUCUUUCGAGAAUGGAAGUGUUACAAAUCGAUCUCAAGACGAUGAUAAUACGACAACUACGUCGGGAAGCUACACAAUUAAUGAUAUUCACGAUGACAUACUAACAUCAGAAGUGAAAGACAUGUUCUAUAAACCAGAUAGUUUCGUAUGAUGUUAGUAACGUGAAUUAUCUAUUCAUAAGUUGUGAUUUCCCAAACCUUACAGUGCUAUGUAUGACAUGAUGUGCGUGUUCAAAUUCUGCUUGAUGCAGACAAAGUAUCUUAUUAUGUAGUAUUAUUCAUCGAAUUUUAUUUCUGUUUUAAUCCAAAUUUUUACAAUUAUUAGAUGAUUGUUGUUAGUUUGGAAUUAUGUUAUCAUUUUGCACUGUUCUUGUUGAAUGUUUAUUCCAAUCAAUUAUUACAAAACUUAAUGUUAAAUGCCAUAGACAUGCUUUACCAAUGUCAACUAAUAAUGUUUAUUGUUCAGGUCUCAUUUUACACUUACACUAAAACAUACAUACCCUAUUCAUAAACUUACUUACAACCAAUAUAUUUUUUUCAUUUAUUUAAACCAGUUUUACAGAGCUGCUAUUAGUCCACAUCUCUAAUCAAAGUAUGUGUGUAAUGUAUAACAUGUUUUAUUCAGUAGAAAAAGAAAUGACUCAAUGCUGUAUCAAGUAUUGCAAAUUAUCUUUUUACCAAACAGAGAACUUUCUGUUUUUCAAAAAACAAUAAUAACUGCUCUGUACAUCAAACAUAUUUUCAAUUUGUUUGCAUUUCAGACCAUUACACAGUUGUUCUUACAUAUUGCAACAUCUAAUAUUACUCACUUGUACAUAGUUUCCAUGCUGUAUUUGAUUGCUAUUACAAACAAAACAAUUAUUUAGCAUAACUUGUUGGAUCUCAGAUGUAAAUGCUAUACCAAUAUUUUUUUAGAUAUAAAUAUGCAUUUCACAUAUAUUUGUUUCUUUGAAAUGAAAAAUGAAAUUGGUGUUAUAAAUAGUUUCAAAUUAGUGUAAAACUACAGCAAAUUUCAAAUUGGUGUAAAAACGGGUUUCAUAUUUGUGUAAAACUAGUUUGAAAUUGGUGUUAAAACUGAUUUAAAGAUUUUAAGUAAAGAUGCAAAUAAUUUGCCUUAUAUAAUUUCUAAUAUUUCCAUCAACCUAUGGGCCUUAAAAUUGAACAUGCCAUGCGCACACAUGAUAACUAUUAGAAAUAAAUAGUGUUAAAAAGGGCUGCAAGAGACAGACACAAAAUUCUUAAUACUUACAUAUGCAAAUUUGAUACAUAUUUUUAUUUGCAGACUGUUAGUGACAUUUUGAAUACUGUUGAAAUUACCUGAGGUUUUGUUUUUUGUUGUUAUUUGUUGUUAUGUAUACAGUUCUUUUAUGUGGUUUUGAUUUGUUGUUGCAUUGAUUUUAUAAAAAAAAAUGUGUGUGAAUAAUAUUUAAUUGGUUUGUAUAUGAAAUCCACAUGUCUGCAUCAGUCAUAGAGUAUAUUAUAUUUAUAUAAAAAUCAGAAAAUA